AUGAUGUAUGGAAAAAACCAUGGCAAUGGAUCUCGGUCGCCAGAUUCGAGCCCAAAUAAAAUGGACCUUCCAUUAUCAAUAUUGAGACAUUUGCCUACGCCUGUGCUCGUCUUGGAUCAGCAUCGGAAAGUGCUAUGGACAAACUGGAAAGCAGGAGCUUUAUUGGGUAGCACAGAUUCUUCUAUGAAUGAUGAGAGCGCGUUGAUCGGGAAGGACUUGGAUGACUUGGGUGUCACAUUACUAGAUAAUCGAUCAUGGGUACCGGUUCUAAGUGAGAUAGAGUAUCUUCGACGUGGCGGAGCCUCAUCAAAUGAUGAAAAUUCGAGUUUUUUCGAUGGGUUCCAGGUGGUGGUGAACAAUGCAUCCAAUGCAUCCAAUGCAUCUAAGUCGAAUGAUCAGAAAAGACGAUUUCGGGCUUGUAUUGAUGCUCUGAAUGGAGAUCGGGACCUUCAUUUCAUUCUCACCUUCGAAUCACCAAUAUUCUUGCAAGGGAAUCCGAUCAAUUCCGGGUUAGGAUCAACAUCAUCAGCAAAUAAAGUAAAAGAGCCUCAACAUAAACCAGCCUUCAUAAGGGACGAUGUUUUUUGUUCUCUCCGAAAAGCAAUCUUUGACAAUAUUGACACCCCUUCAUUCUUGAUAACUGCAGAUGGUGAAUUUUACUUGGCAAAUCAAAAAGUUCGAGAUGUCUUGGGAGAGUCUAUGGGGGGAGAGACUGGCUGCGGAGGGGAUAUUUUUCGAGACGCCCUACAGGUAUGGGAUGAGUCAUACACUCGUCAGUUACCGCCCGAUGAAUAUUUCGGAAGAGUUUUAGCAAGAACUCAACAACCGUUCGCGAAUCAAAGAUCUGGCUUUAUAAAUCCCAUAAAUGGAGCUCGAAUGACAGCCCUGAUGUCCGGAGAAUGCCUUUAUGACGAGGCUGGGAUUUACUUGGGAUCGAUUUGCUGGUGCGAAGAUAUACAGGAAUACGAACAAUACUUGAUUGAGAAACAAAACAAAUUACUACGAAGCCAUGAAACUAUCUGCGAUUUGAUGCCACAUCUAGUGUGGACUACAAGACCGGACGGUUAUUGCGAUUGGUACUCCAGGCGGUGGUACGAAUAUACAGGCAUGUCUAAGGAAGAAAGCAUUGGCAACGGAUAUGAGAAGAUGAUUCAUCCGGAAGAUUUGAGUGCUCUUAGAGAAGCUUGGGCUUAUGGACUGGCAAAUGGCGAAGAGGGCGAGGUUGAGGUACGGUAUCGAAGGCAUGAUGGGGUAUACAGAUGGAUGCACACGAGAGCUUGCCCACUACUUGACGACAAUGGAGAAGUUCUGAAGUGGUAUGGAACAAAUACAGAUAUCACGGAUAUUGUGAUGUCACGAAUUGAGGCCAAGAGGAACAAGCAUCAAAUGUUGACAGUUCUGGCUCAUGCCGAAGUCAACAUGUUUUGUGUGGAUAAAAAUCGACUAGUAACAAUGGCGGAAGGAGCCAUGCUAUGGGAUACCAAAACUGAGCAAACGUGUCAAAGUAAGGAAAACUUGAUUGGGAAAAAUAUUAUUGAGCAUAUGCAAAGUACGCAGGCAGGGGGCAUACCGGGCCACGAAAAUUCUAUCCUGGAGAUAUUGUCCGGAAAGGUCGAAAUGGCAACUUGCGAAGAAAAGAUAGGAGACAAAAGCUAUCGAACACGACUAGUGGCAGAUAUCGAGCACAGCAGUGAUGAUGGAGGGCAGGCACCGAAGGUUAUCGGAUGCUUGGGCUUGAGUAUUGAUAUCACGGAUGUCGAAAAACGGGCACAAUUAGAGAUGGAUAACACGAGGUUGAUGAUUGAAGAACAAGCAGCUAAAGAUUCAUCUAAGAUGAAAAGUCAAUUCUUAGCAAAUAUGUCGCAUGAGAUGCGAACCCCGACGGCGGGCGUGAUUGGUAUGGUGGACUUACUCGACGAAGACCCAACUUUAACGUCUUCGCAACGCGAAUAUGUUUCCAGCAUCCAACUUUCGGGAAGAGCCCUUCUAACCAUUGUGAAUGAUAUCCUCGACUUUUCGAAAAUCGAAUCCGGUCGUCUCGACAUCGAAGAAGUUCCAUUCAAUCUUUGUUCUAUUGUGGGAGAGCUAUGUAAAUUGCUAUGCGUUUUUGCUAACCGAAAGAAUUUGGUGUUCAAUUAUGAAAACGAGGUUGAGGAAAACCUCGAAGUCCUGGGAGAUCCCGGGCGAAUCAGACAAGUACUAUCUAACCUUCUCACCAAUUCGCUUAAAUUUACGGAAAAUGGGUCCAUAACAAUAAGCGCGAAAGGGAAGAGAAUAACGGCUCCAGACAACAUUGGAAAUGACAUAAUUGAGGUCAGCUUCGUAAUCAAGGAUACCGGGAUUGGAAUAUCUAAAACCACCUUGAAUAAGUUAUUUAGACCUUUUAGCCAGGGGGAUUCUUCAACAGCGAGAUUAUAUGGUGGGACGGGUCUAGGUUUGACUAUAUCGAGAAAUCUUGCAACUCUGAUGUCUGGAACAAUUGCUCUUGAUUCAGAGGAAGGAGUUGGGAGCACGGCCACAUUCAUAAUACCAUUGAAGAUAUCCUCCUAUUGCCGUUACCCCCGACGUUCCAACGCUCCGGCUAAGCUUGACCUUUCUUUCACCAACAAAAAAACUGGUUCGCAAUCUCUGCCGAGUACGCCACUGGCUCUUCGACCAAGUCCUCAUCGAGGGCAGGUAAAACAACAACUUAUAAAUGAACAAAUCUCGACUAGUGACACCAAUCAUGUUCUCCCUCCAUAUUUACGAAACGGAGACAAGAAUAAAGAGAGUGGAUCAAAACUACCGCUGGGAGAACGAGGCGAGAUCCUUGUUCUGGUUGUCGAAGACAAUGCCAUUAACCAAACUAUUGCAUUGAAAACUGUCCGAAAUCUAGGAUUUCAAGCAAAAGCCGUUUGGAACGGACGUGAAGCAUUGAAUUACUUGAGCAAUCCUGGGCCAUCCAAUCCGAGACCAGAUAUCAUUUUGAUGGAUGUCCAGAUGCCAAUUAUGGAUGGUUAUGAGGCAACGAAAAUUCUAAGGACCGAUAAAGAAUACGAAAAGUAUCUAGAACAUGAUAUACAGUUUUCAGAAACUGCGAAAAUUUUGGCCCCCACGAAACACUCAAAUCUGAAUGGAUCGGAAAUGGACAGCCCGGCCAGCACACAAACCAAAACGAUUGCUCUCAAAUCGAAAAGUAGACUAAAAGAUCUUCCCGUAAUAGCUAUGACGGCUAGUGCGAUUCAAGGAGAUCAGGAAAAGUGUCUCGAGGCGGGAAUGGAUGGAUACUUGAGUAAACCGGUUGAAAAGGAAAGGUUGGAGGAAACGCUGAUAUAUUGGGCACAGAAGGCAAUGAAUGUCCGAAGAAUUACAAGUCUGGGUGUUUCGAGUUCUGAUGGUAAACAUAGUAAAAAUGAUUCUGCCGAUUCUGCCGUUGUCAUGAUGGACGAGGAUUCUACUUGGUCACAGGAUGGGGGAUCGAGAGACGGCGAUCUAGAUGGCGGAGAUGGGAGUGUAGAAACAGCUGGUACACCCUGA